GAGGGAGGGUUGUUUGAAAGCAAAGAGGCAACUUCUGUCAACAUGUUUUAAAUAAAACGACGUACCUGAGUCAGUAAAAUGCCUUAUCUUCCAAAUUAGAUGAUACUAAUGUUGAUACAUUAUUUCCUUCUUGAGACUUUUAAUCUGAAGGUAAACAAACUUGAGAUGCUAGCUUACUGUUAGCUAGCUGCUGCUCUCUGUGUAGCUUCUUGGACUAUUCUUUCCGCUAAAUGGUGACCCACUCUGCCACAAAAGGUUAUUUCUUGACAGCAUUUUAACACGACCUGGCAACAUGGCGAGCGUGCAUGAGAGUUUGUAUUUCAACCCUAUGAUGACGAACGGAGUGGUCCACGCUAACGUGUUUGGGAUCAAAGACUGGGUGACUCCGUAUAAAAUAUCCGUCCUGGCGCUGCUGUACGACAUGACUGCGUCUAAAACCACUCUGCCCGAGAGAAGGAGGCUUAACAAACUCAUCCUACCCUUGCAGCAGGGUCCAGACCUGACUCUUGGCCAAUUCCUGAAGACUGUGGAGGAGUGUUGCCCUCAGACUGCUUAUGCUGUCAAACAACGGCUGCAGGAAAUGGCAGAUGGAGAGCUGAAAGACAUGGAGUACUUCUUUUCCACUCUUCCCACUCCAUUCACUGCUUUUGAUUCUGAGGCUUAUAAAACCAGUGUUGUAGGUCUUUUUAUGAGACACAUGCUUCUGGCCUACAACAAGCUGUCUUUCAGUCAGGUCUACAAGCUGUACAAGUCCCUGCAGCUCUACUACCACAGUCACUACGCCAAGCCUGCUGACGGGCGGCUCAGUUUGCCGGCGCUGGUCGCUGACGACUCCGACAUGGACCUCACCAGCACUGAGGAUACUGUGGGAGACCGGAUAGACAGAGAGGAGCUGGACACCACACUGCAUGAGUCAGAGCUUCGGAAUGACAAUACUCCAAGCAGUGGCCCUCUGUCACAGAAACAAGCUGAGUACUUUCUUGCAAGACAGGCUUAUCUUCUGAAGAACGAUGAGAACAAAGCUCUAAAGCCUGCUGCACUGCAGGAAGAGCUCAACAACAUGCUGAAGUUUAACCCGGACUUUGCUGAGGCUCAUUAUUUAAACUACCUGAACAGCAUGAGAGUCCAGGACAUCUUCCUCUCCGCCCACUGUCUCUUACAUUAUUUUGACCGCCUCAUCCUGUCUGGUAAUGAAGGAAAGAGCAACGGGGACGAGGGCUACGGCCGAAGUCUCCGCUACGCAGCUCUCAACCUGGCUAGCCUGCAUUGUCGCUUCGGCCACUAUCAGCAGGCUGAUCUGGCUCUACAGGAAGCCGUCCGUAUUGCCCAGGAGUCCAACGAUCACGUGUGCUUGCAGCACUGUCUGAGUUGGCUGUACACCCUGGAGCAGAUGAAGGGAUCUGACAGCACGGUGCUGACGGAGGACUCCGUGAAAAUGGCUGCCCAUUUCUGCCUACCAUACCUGGCCUCUCUGGGCAUUCAGUCUCUGGUCCAGCAGGGGGCGACGCAGGGGAAGACAGCCCACAAACUGAUGGACGCUCUGAAGGACACUGACAUCCUGCACUGGAAGCACAGCCUGUCGGAGCUGAUCGAGAUCAGCCUGGCCCAGACUACGUCCAUAUGGAGGAUGUACGGCAAGAGCACCAUGGCUCUGCAGCAGGCCCAGCUGCUUCUCAACAUGAGCAGUCUGGAGCAAGUCAACUUCGGGGUCCAGCAGAACAACACAGAGGCGUUCGCUGUGGCUCUGUGCCACCUGGCCGAGCUGCACGCUGAGCAGGGCCUGUACUGUGCCGUUUCAGACAUUCUCCAGCAUCUGAAAGAACAGUUUCCUCCUCACUCCCAGCAUGCAAAGCUCUGGAUGCUGUGCGAUCUGAAAAUCCAGUUUGACAGACACAUGAACGAAGGGAAAUACCAUUUGGCAGAGCCACUAGUCACAGCCAUCUCUGCCUUAAACAAAACAGAAGGUCUCUACAGGAAAGCUCAAGUUUUGAAGGCUCUGAACCGCAGCACUGAGGCGUACAGCGUCUUGCAGCGGCUGCAGGUGCACUGUGAGAGGACUAAAUGCACAGAGGUGGUCAUCAGAGUUAUGCUUUCCACCGCUGAGCUCCACUGGGAGUCGUGUGGCUUCUCCACAGCUCUCCCUCUCCUCCUGCAGGCCUUGGCUCUGGCCAGGCAGCACCACCUCCAGUCCCUGGCCUCAGAGACCAUCCUGCACCUGGCCUUCACUCAGCUGAUGUUGGGAGUUCCUGAGCACGCUCUGAGUGUUCUGCAUGAAGCCAUCGAGCCUGUUCUGGCCCACGGAUCGGUCAUGGACAAGGGCAGAGCCCUGCUGCUGACCGCACGCUGUCAGAUGGCUGUGGCUGGGUUCAGGCCAAACGGACAAGGGCAAGCAGCAGAUUCCUGUGUAGCUUCAGAUCUGAGUUGUCUUAUUGAUUUUCACUUGGCGGGUUUGGCCGUUGACACACUAAAUGAGGCAGCAGGCUAUUUCUCCAAGCUGAACUGUAAGGAGCGGCUGCGGGACGUCCACUACCUGCAGGCCCUGCUCCACCGCUCCCUGGGACAAACCUCGCACUGCCACAAAAGUGCAAUGCUCUUCCGGCUGCUGGACCAGGAGCUGCAAUCCCCAGCGCCUCCAGUCUCCAUGCGACUGUAACUUCUUCCUGUCCAACAACCAACAGGAGUCAUUCUGGCUGAAAAGGACACUCCUGAGUUGAGUACCUACUGCGCUCGCUAGAUGGUGACAAAUAUCUGUCCUUCUCUGUCGGCACUAAAACAUUUCAUUUGCAAAUAUUUAGGCAAUUGUGGAACUCUUAGCACGCAAUGCCUGGGUAAUAAUUAGAGAAGACAAUGUCAGUAUUCAUAUACAAGGCUGGGUUACCGGCAGACCCUAAAUAGAAUCCUCGUCUCUGCACUCGUGUCCGGGUACCGAUUUGAAUGGUGGCCUGAUGAUAAACAUAGCGUGUUUUAAUAACACUUCAACCUCAGCAACACUCCAGGAUUGUCAGACAGACAUAACAUGCCUCCCCACGGCAUGGUAGAAAGGUUGAAAGUUUAUCAGGUGCUGUCAAGGCUGUGCUGAUUUACCUGCCGCUUCAUGAUGAAUGAGGGUAAUAUCACAGUUAGCCACAAGAUGAAUGUGUUUCUGUGGCCAGGAUGAUUCAUAUUCCGGCUGAAGAAUACAGAUGAAGCUGGAAUCCGAAGGAGAAAAUCGUGACCACAUCUAUAAUGCAAUAGCCCUUCGAUGACAUAACACCAGAUACUAUCCGUUUUCCACUUACAUCUGUCACUAUUUGAGAUAACGACUUUUUGUAUGGUGACAUUACAUUUAGGUGGCCUGACGGGCCUGUAAUCCAUUACACGCUGCUCGUCUUUCAGGAAAAUAAACGACUUGUUUUCUCUUAUUUGGUUCUCAGUUCAUCUGGCUCAUGUAGGAAUAAUUGUGAAGGGUAAUGUAUCUGAGAACAUCUCUCUGUGAGAGUGUAGUAACAGUUUUGUUUUUUUAAAGGAGCCCUAUUCUGCUUUUUGGGGCUUUCUCUUUCUUGUAGUGUAUGAUAUAGGUUUCUGUGCGAGUGGAAAUAGUUGCUGCUCAAGCAUCUUUAAGGAAAGUAGAGCCCUCGACAGGAAAUGUCUCUUCUGUCUCUUUUAUCAUCUGUGCAUGCUCCCUGAAACUGCCAUGUUUGGUCUCGUGUCAUUCACUGGACAAACAGAUAGAUAACAGUGGUGCAUAAUAAAAGCAGGCCUGCUUUCUAUGUAAAUAUCACUCGUCAUGUGAUUCUCCACACUCUCACCAGUCAAAUCUUGUCACUGUUGCUUGUUGUAUUCUGGCUUCAGUCCCCGGGGCCAAAUGGGGCCUGUAUUUAAAUGAUUGUCUAGAUUACAAAUAACAGUGUGUACAGUACGUGGGCCAGAUCAAAGUUUAGGAUUAACUAAUGUUUGUUAUAACACACUACCAAAGGAAUGUGUGUGUUAACAAAAGUGCAGAGUGUAUUGCAUUCAGUUUAUGCAUAUGUGCAAGAGUCUUUAUGUUCGUUGUAUAGUUUGCUGAAGUGAGAUUCAAACCACCUAUUCUUAUUCAUCAAUUUGCACAAAACCAUUUACAGCCGAAAGCUUGCUAUUUGAGUGAUUUUCAUUGCAGCAGAGGAAUUUACAUGAGAAAGAAAAGAUCUACUUAGACAUAUUGCGUUUCCUUUCAAAAACAACCCGAUUUCUUUUUUUUAAAGCAGCUUAAAAUAUUUUUGAGUUUAGAAAAACUUAUGAAUUAUACAAAUCUGACUUGAGAGUGAGCUUUGUACCCAUUGGCAGCAUGUUGUCACCACACAGUGAAAGUAAAACAGGGUCAGUCUCUUCGGGGGUUCUGAGUGCUGCACACGUUUUGUUUACAGUCCAAUGAGGAAAACAAUUCAUUCAAUGUAUAUGUUCAAGUGCUGAAACGGUGAGUUAAUUAAGUUAGUCAAUAGACAAAGUUAAUUGACAGCAAGUCGUAUAACCAGUGAAUCUUAAAGGUGACAUGCCAUGCUUUUCCGGUUAUUACCCGUCCCCUUGUGUGUUAUGAAGGUUUUUAUGCAUGUAAAUGGUGUGCAGAGUCAAAACUAUGGAGUCAGAUUUGGGUCAAUAUUCUAGCGCGUAAAACAAGCUACUCACGUGCGGAAAAUGUGCUUUUACACAUGCAUAAAAUGACCCUUGCGCGCAGAUUAAACCCCCGCGAGCGGCUCUUCGCUCGCUCGCGAGAGACAGCCCUCUAUGGAAAGCCAUUUGCAUCACAAUUCGCACGUUUAUUCGCGCGGAUUAACGGGGAGGUCCGUUUAAGUUCAAAGUCUCAGUAACCAAUCAGUGAAGAGCAAAACCAGACCAAAGCAAUCUGUAGAUGAAAAGUUCCUGACAUUGUGAGGCUGUAAAUUGUACGUUAUUCCAGAUUCAGGGGACUAUGUAUUAAUUUGGCUUUCAAUAUAAUAAAUAUAUCAAUCAAUAUAA